UACCGAGUGAGUAAUCCACAUUUUCUAAUUACAUCAAAUCCGGCUUGGACAUGACUCUAACCUUGAGAUACAUGAGCAUUAGUAACAACCACCCUAUCCAUCCAAUUUGGCUGGAAGAGUUUGAACUCUAAACUCUGAAACAGCGCACGCCAAAAAGACCUACCAGACGAUGAGUUCAUCACCGCCGCCAUCUCGUGAACUCAAAACACUCUCCGUACAUUAAAGCCCGCCUCCAUUACUACUUAUCACCAAUCACCAUUUAACCCACCCAUCCAUGGCCCUUGAUUCCACCACUCAAACCCUAACAGACUCCCCUGCUGAAGAAGACCUAUGUUCCAAACCAACAGAACCUGUAGUCGGUCCAAAUGGCUACUUAACCUGCGAUGCCAGAAUUGAGAGAGCGUGGGCCCAUUGGAAGAUGCUGGGUGAGCCUAAGCUCAUUGUAGCACCAAUGGUCGAUAAUUCGGAGCUUCCCUUUCGAUUACUGUGUCGGAAGUAUGGUGCUGAAGCUGCCUACACUCCUAUGCUUCAUUCUCGCAUCUUUAACGAGAAUGACAAGUGUCGCUCUCAGGAAUUCACUACCUGCAAGGAAGAUCGACCAUUAUUUGUUCAAUUUUGUGCCAAUGAUCCAGACACUCUACUGGAAGCAGCACGCAGGGUGGAGCCUUAUUGUGAUUACGUCGACAUUAAUUUGGGGUGCCCGCAGCGUAUUGCCAAAAGAGGAAACUACGGAGCUUUCCUAAUGGACAAACUACCUCUCGUGAAGUCGAUGGUUGAAAAAUUAGUUCAAAACCUCAACGUUCCCGUGUCUUGCAAAAUCCGACUUUUCCCAGAUUUACAAGACACUUUAAACUAUGCCAAAAUGUUAGAAGAUGCAGGCUGUUCCCUUCUUGCAGUACAUGGGCGCACACGAGACGAAAAAGAUGGAAAAAAGAUCAGGGCAAACUGGAACGCGAUACGGGCUGUUAAAAACGCUCUUCGGAUACCAGUUCUUGCAAAUGGGAACAUACGUCACAUGGAUGAUGUGAAACACUGCUUAGAAGAGACUGGUGCUGACGGUGUACUUUCAGCAGAGACCCUUUUGGAAAAUCCAGCUCUGUUUGCUGGAUUUAGGACCGUUGAUUGGGUAUCUGACGGUGAAGACGGCGUGCAGGAUGGUAAACUGGAUCAAGCUGAUCUAGUUGUUGAAUAUUUGAAGCUUUGUGAAAAGUAUCCGGUGCCAUGGAGAAUGAUUCGCGCUCAUGUUCACAAGAUGUUAGGGGAGUGGUUUAGGAUUCAUCCGCAAGUAAGAGAUGAUUUUAAUGCACAGUACAUAUUAACCUUCAAGUUCCUUUAUGAUAUGGUUAAUCGACUAAGAGAACUUGGUGUUUCGAGGCCUCUUUAUGUCAAGAACACUUGAUCUAGAGUGAUUUCAAAGCCUUAACAUGUGCGUUUUUAUGGUAUUUUUUGUAUACUAAUACAUCACGAAUUAAGAUAACUAUUUGUAGUUUUGUUUUCGAUAAACAUUUUAUCAUUAAAAAGUGUAAUUUCAAA